UAUCUAUUACUACUAAAAUUACACUCAAUAUAUUUUGUUUUAGAUCUACUCAAGCGAAAACCUUUAGACUCUAAGGUUGACCUCCGUAAUUCAAGUUGUGAUUGUGGAUGUUGUUGAGAAAAAAAUUUAGAAGAGUUUAGGUAGGAGUGGAGGUUUAGGAUUGAGGGAAAAAUAAAGAGCACUCAAUAUUAAGGUUUUUGGCUCACAAAUAUCAAUGUGAGGGUUCUAGGAGUUGUUGAGAGGGAGAUGAUGGAGGUAGAAGUAUGGUUUAGAUAAAAAAAGCAACCAUAAUUAGAUAAGAUCCUCAUAAAAGGACUAGGGAUUUGAAUGCACAAAACUAAGCAGAGGGAGAUUCUCCUAUUAAAUAAGCCAAUAAUGUUUUCAUUCAUCCAAUAAAUUCUAUUUAUAAAUUAAAUUUGGGAUACAAUUGUUAUAGCCAAUCCUAAUUUUGUGUAAGAAGCUUUGUUUUGUGGAUGAAGCUUUAAACUAUGCCUUCAAUUGUGUAAGUAGGUUGGAUUUGAAUAUAAUGUACCUAUUACAUGAUAUUUGAAUGAGGAGGCUUCAUCUAACCUUAUCUAACCACCAUAAAAUUUUACAAAUACAUGAUUUAUUUGAAUAAAAUAGUUAAAAGAAUAGUUAUGUAAAGUGGUGGGCCUGGAUUGAGAUUCUAUAAUUGUUUUAUGCACCACUGGAUGUUCUAAAUUACAAGUUCGAAAGAACUUGCAAUGAUUUUCAAGGUGUACUACAGAAAUGUGACCUUUUUGAUAUUAACAUAUCGAUUGUUGAAAGGAUUAUUUCUUGUCGCAAAAAACACUUGGUGAGUGACCAACUAGUCUUAAAGGCGAACUUAAAGAUCUUAUAAUUGGAUAUGGUUAUCCAGUUUCAACUGUUUAACAUUUACUUAUCGCAACUUCAUCACAAAACAUGCAUUCUAAAAUAGUUAGAAAAAUCUUUACAUAUAUUGUAUAUUAUGAUUGCUAGACAUAGCUAGCUACCAUUCUAGAUUCUAGUUUGCAAUCGACUUGCCAGUAUUUGUGGUUGCAAUUUUGAACGUAGGAUUUACAUUGUGAUUGCCUUCUGUGGCAAAAUUUUCACAUUAAUGUUAAGUAUAGCAGGCUAACGCCUAAUCUAAUGAUUGCUUCCAAAAAGAUGAGUUGCAAAAAAAAAAAAAAAAAAAAAAAAAAAAAAAAAAAAAAAAAAAAAAAACAUUUACAGGUGAAUUCACAUGUCAUCGAACAUUCACACCAUGUGCAACAUUAAGCGUUCAAUACACAACAACUAAUAAAAAAUAAUAAAUUAGCAACAACAUAUUUUAUUCAUUAUUCAAGUUAAAAAAAAAGUGCAAGUCAAAAUCUAUUUUUUUAUAUAAGUAGUCCACUUAAUUUUCUGCUAUAUAUCAAGUCCUCAUCAUAUCUUCUUUCUCCUUCUCAUCAUUGUUUGCUCCAUCAUCUAAAGCAUCUUAUUAUUACAGCUCCAUAAGCAUGAAACAGAUGAUUUCCUGAACCUUGCCUAUGAUUGGUUGUCUUUGAUAAUGGCUUUGUUGAUCUUUGUGAGGUGGAAGAGAUCUCGCUGUACUCAGCAUGACCACCGAAGCAAUAAACUCAACCCUUGGCCACCCUUGUCGUGACAUACAUUUAUACAUCAGGGUUGCACUCAUGUUGAGUAGCACCAGCCACGUUAUAUUUUGAUAUUUUAACAUCUUUAUAUUUUCCUAUUUUAAAGGGAGUAUAUGUAAGAUAUACUACUAUUUCAUUGUCAUUAUUAUAAUAAUCAUCAAUCAUUAUUAGCCUUAUUCUACCAUAUAUUAAUUCUUAAUUUGCAUAAAUGACAGCAUUCAAAAUAAGAUAACGUAUAGGGCCACGCAUGAUUGAAGGUCAUCGUUUCUCUUUUUCUAGGUCAUCUGAAAACGAUCAAUCUUUGUUGGAGCAUACUUUAGGUAAGUCCCGUGUAAUGCAUAAGACAACAUGCAUCAUAAUAUGAUAUAUAUUUUAAAGCUAUCAUAUUUAGUUUAUCAUUAAUUUGAAAUACUAUAAUAUUAUAAUUCAACGGUUAUGUGCGACAAAAAUAACUGAGUUCUUGAAUAUUUCGUUAUGACCUCUUCCUUGAGAUUGAAUCUGUUGCUAGAAGCAACCUUUGAAGUCUUCCGAAAUGUCUCACUAGGCCAACUUAUGAUGAGUCUAUCCCAUACAUACAACAUCAUCUAUCUCGAGAGUACCAUAAUCCUUUCUAUUGUUAAUUUAUUUUAUUUUGAGCUGAUUCAGGGUAUUGCAACAAGCCACAUUGAUGGCCCGACCUUAGACUCAGAAGCAUAUUGAUGCCCCAUCCUUAAUAGUGAGGUGGACAGGAUGUGGCUUUCAGGGUUUUCUGCCAAUCCUCUUCUGCCCAAUGUUGGAUACGGCCAUCGCACAAAACAUGAAUCCAUGGCUUGUAUUGUAGCUAAUGACAAACUUCUUGUUAUUGGUGGUCAAGAGGGAGAUUUUGUGGCUAAACCUGGUUCACCUAUUUUUAAAUGUGUUAGAAAAAAUGAGAUAGUGUAUAGCAAUGUCUACAUGCUGGAUGAUGGAUUAAAAUGGAGAGAUCUGCCUCCUAUGCCUAAGCCGAAUUCCCAUAUUGAAUUUGCUUGGAAAGUUGUUAAUAAUUCUGUUUUUAUUGCGGGAGGUACAACAGAAAAACACCCUGUGACCAAAAAGAUGGUGCUGGUUGGUGAAAUUUUUCGGUUCAACUUGGGUACUCUGGAAUGGUCAGUAAUUGGACGGAUGCCGUUCCGAAUAAAGACGACCUUAGUUGGUUUCUGGAAUGGCUGGUUAUACUUCACAUCUGGGCAGCGAGAUAAAGGACCUAAUGAUCCUUCUCCUAAAAAGGUUGUUGGAUGUAUGUGGAGAACCAAACUGCAAUUGUGAUCUUAUCAUUUCAUUCCGGGGCUAAUUUCACAUUAUUGAGAUUCGCUUCGCUAGUUUAUGAGGCUUUCGAUACAGCGGGUUUUGUGGAGUUAUUCCUGAACAUGUAAGAUGUAUAAUAGCAAAUGAGUUAUCCCACGUGUACUACGAAGGCAAGCGAAUGUAUCCCUUUGGUGGUCUUGUUCUCGUUCAUAUUUCUUAUUUUUCAAACAUAAUUGUCUUCCACGUACAUUUUUUUGUCAAUGAAAGGUUUUUUUUUUUUUUUUUCAUU